AGUCGGAUAGGCAACACUUAAUACAUCACACUAAUAAUAUUAAGCGUUUAGUUAAGUUAUUUAAUUACCACUCAAGUAAACUAACAUAUUUUUCGAAUAAUAAGCUCCCAUUUGUACAUAACCUCACUUUACAACAAUGUUUGAACCUUUGGCAACAGAAACCCUACAACAACAUUACCAAUGCGCGUCAGAGAUCCUACAACCCUACACCUGCCGAAAGUGUUGUUUUCGCACCCAAUUCAAAGUCUAUUACCACAACCAUGACCACAAAAUACAAGCAAUAUCACCCAUUCCCACUGAACACUUGUGUCGAAAGUGCAAGUUUCGUUCUCAUUCCAUUGUCGUCUUCACGAAUCACGCCUACAAAAAGUGCACGAAAGACUACUCGCCUGAAGAUUCCGAAGCCAAAGUGAACAAGGUUCAAGACAAGAAGGUAGAACCGUCCAAACGGUUUGCUUGCAAGCAGUGUCCGUUUUUGGCAAAUCGCCCCAAUGGGUUAGCUAUUCACGUUAAACACAAACACUUGGAUGUUAUACAGUGUGAUAAGUGUGAUUUUACCACUACUCAGAAAACUGUGCUGAAUAAACAUAGGAAGGUGAUGCAUAAGGAUAUGGGGUUCAUCAGGUGGCUGGAUUGCAAUAUGUGCGAUUUUAAGACGAAGUUGUCUCAGGAGUUCCAGGAUCAUGUUAAGAACGGACAUCCGACAAAUGCGUUGUCGAGGCGGUGUCACUUGUGUGGGUGCCAGACGAGGACUAACGAGAACUACACGUAUCAUAGACUUAGUCAUCAAGUGUGAUCAGUGGUGUAUGUUAAAUAAUUGAAUCAUUUUUCGUUUAUGACUAUAGUUUUAAAUAACUGAAUAAAGAAUAUCUUUUUGUGAUGUAUGCAACCAA